AUGGUUGAGAUACACUCCGGUGUCCUGGUCAAUGGUGAGACCAAACCAGUCAAUGGAGUGACGCCCGUGAAAGAAGCCUUCAUCAAGAUUCCCGACGUGGCCUCAUAUCCGACAGGAAGUCUCGACUUUCUCGUCAAGCUGCAAAAGGAAGAGCAGAAACGGCACAAGGCCAUGAGGACUUCCAAUUUGCUGAACCCGGACGACUUUUCCCGGGUCCGGCUGAACACCAUCAUUGUGGGUGCCGGACUCGGUGGGUUGGCUGCCGCCAUCAGUCUUGCUCGAAAGGGCCACAAGGUCACUGUCUAUGAACAGGCUCCCGAACUUGGUGAGGUCGGUGCUGGCAUCCAGAUCCCGUCCAAUUCAAGUCGGUUGCUUAUCAAAUGGGGUCUGCAACCAUUUCUGGCGUCCAAGAUCGUGGAGCCAGAGGACAUCAAGUUCCGGCGGUGGGAGAACGGCGCCGUCAUUGGACUCACGAAGCUGGUGCCCGAGUUCCAGGACAACUUUGAUGCUCCAUACUAUGUCGUGCACCGUGCACACUUCCACGACGCCAUGUAUCAACUGGCCCUGCAACUGGGUGUCGACGUGCGGAUCAACUCCAAGGUCAUCGACUAUGACGAGAACGUGCCUUCAAUAACCACCGAACAUGGGGAGUCGUUCGCCGCAGACCUCGUCAUCUGUUCUGACGGCGUGAAGUCAAUCGGGCGAACGAAAGUCCUGGGCGGCAUGGACCAGGCUCCCUUGAGGACUGGAUUCGCGGCGUAUCGAGCGACGGUGGAUGUGGAGGAGAUGAAGGUGCACCCCGAGCUUGUUGAGCUGUUGGCAAAGCCGGGCCUGAACUUGUGGAUUGGCGACAUGAGGCAUGUCAUGACCUAUACGAUUGCAGGAGGCAAAUCCUUCAACAUGGUGCUGUCGCAUCCCGACCGCACCGACCCGGCCACAUGGAACCAACAAAGCCCCGAGAAGAUCAUGUCUGACAUGCGCGCUCACUUUGACGGCUGGGACCCGCGAUUGACCAAGAUCAUCAACAUGAUCCGAUCCACCCUGAAAUGGCCACUCGUCAGCGGGUCGGCGCUCAGUCGCUGGAUUGCGCCUUCCAACAAGCUCACGAUCAUGGGCGACGCGGCACACGCCAUGGUCCCCUACAUGUCUGAAGGAGCCGCCAUGGCCGUCGAAGAUGCUGCAGCCCUGGCCGAGGCCAUUGACCUGGUCGACAGCACCAAGGAACUACCGGAGGCUCUGCGGGUGUGGGAAGCCGUCCGCAUCAAACGCACCAGCCAAAUGCAGGAAGCCAGCCUGAUCAACGGCAAACUGUGGCACUUUGCCGACGGUCCACUGCAACGGGCUCGAGACGAGGCCAUGCGGCCCGAAGUCGAAGGCAAACAGUUCGUGUCCAGCCCCAACCAGUGGAGCGAUCCCACCACGCAGCGAUGGUGCUAUGGCUACGACGCCGAAUGGGAGGUCAGGAAGGCUUGGGGAAACAGGACCACCAAAGCCAAGCAGGUCAAUGGGGAUGCGAAGGGGCUUUAG